CCUUAGAACGUUCCUGGACCAAUCACACGACGGGGGGCGGGGCCUGCCUAGUUUUUCCUUGUAGUUAGGGGAUUUCAAAGCUGUGCUGCUGGUUUCCUGGGUGAGCGGUGUUUGACCAUGACUAUGAAGGACCUGGACCCUUCCGUGGUACUUCCCUUGUGUAUAACAUGUUUGCUUGUCUCUUCUGUGACUCUGGAAAUUUUUUACGUCAUGCACCGAGAUGCAGGGAGUAGUUACUGGCCCCUGUUAAUUCUGUCCUUCUACCUAUUAUUUAAUGUUGUGGGGAACAUGUGGAAAUUUGUCCGAAGCAACCCCACAAUUAAAGGAGUCUUCCUGGAGCAUGGCAAUGUGGGGCAAGGCUGGGUGUAUUGCUAUACAUGCCAGACGCAUGUUCCCCCAAGAUGUAAUCAUUGCUACAACUGCAAUGUCUGUGUCCUUCGACGUGACCAUCACUGCGCUCUUCUUGGACAGUGUGUAGGGCAUUCAAACUAUCGCUAUUUUUUUUGUACCCUGUUUCAUGGCUGGUUGGCUCUGCUUCUUGCGACCGUUCUUAAUGCUGAGAUAUUUAUGGAACUACUUAAUGAAGGCAUCAGCUUCCACAGCUUUUUCCUGCUUCUGAUGCCUUGGAUGAUGCUAGUCACAGGUCAAGUCACUCCGUCAACCUUCAUUUUUGCAUUUGUGGCCGACACUUGUGUUGUGGGCUUUCUCUUCUGUUUUGCUUUUCUCAUCUUACAUUGUUCUCUUCUAUAUUCUGGAGCUACAACCAAAGAAUGGUUUGGUGGUCAUGCACGUGCUUAUGACCAUGGCUGGAAGACAAAUGUCAGAAACUUUUUGGGAGAGCGGUGGUACCUUAUCUGGGUUUCUCCUUGGAUAGAAUCACAGUUAAUUGGUGAUGGAAUUCAUUUUACAGCUAGAAACAUUGUUCAACCCAAGUCAUCUCAUCUUUAACUGUCAUGUAUGGGAUAACAAGAAAUCCCAUUUAUAAAAUGAUUUUGAUUGAAAAUCCGCAGCUGAGACCUUGUCUUUGGGACAUCCAUUAGACAGCUGUAUAUAAGUUAAAUAUUGUUUCACAUGUACAGAAAUAUGGUACUCUAUUGUGUGUUUGUGUGCAUACAUACUAUAAAUAAGGAGUCAACUUUUUAUAUAAUCCUUCCAAAGAAUGUCUUAGUACAUGCCUUCCAAACAGAAAACACAUUUCAAUUAUAUUUAGAUAGAUAUUUGGCACUUUGAAUUGAAAGAGGCUAUUCAGUCUGCUUGGUAAAACCUUUUGAUCAACACAGUUGCACAUUAUCACAAUGAUUUUUUAUUUUUUUAUUUUUAUAUUUCCAAGCAGAGAUGACUAAUAUAACAUCUGUCAUUGAAAGGAACACUCCACGCACCCUGAUCAUUGCAGCUCAAAUGGUUUGACAACUUAUCUGGAGUUUGCCUACGCCAUAUCUGCAUUCCUUGGAGCUGAAAACUCCUGCAAAAAGCUUCAUAUAGCUCUCCUAAAGCUAAACCCUGCCAUACAAGGCAUCAGCUGGAAGCUCUCAGCCAAUGAGUGCGGCCUUGCACCACUGGGAAGAAACUUCCAACCUCAGAGGAAGCAGUAGCAAUUUCUUAGCAGACUCCAGGCAUGUUGGCAAAAUUUUAUUGCGGGACAUUGCCCAAAUUAAAAAAAAAUAUAUAUAUAUAUGUCACUAUUUAGCAAGUGUACCCCUAGUGAAAAUAUGUAAACACAAAGCGGAAACGGAUAGUGAAGUAUGUAAAAAAAAAAUACAGUAAGGUGAGUGUAAAUAAAAUUAUAUGCAUUCACACUUUAUAGGAGUUUAGGUACAGCUCCAACGUCUAAGUUACCCUAACUUUUUUUUUUCCUUUUUUUUUUUUAAUUUGGUGUAUAUUUAAAAACAACUUUCAAAAGAUACAGAUCUCAUGUCUUCAGCCUUCUGC